ACCUGUCGGUCGCGGUUGUGUCUGGGAAGGAGAGAAAAUGGCGGCGGAGCCGAGCAGGACCGAAAUCCAGACUCUUUUUAAGAGACUUCGUGCAAUUCCCACCAACAAGGCCUGUUUCGAUUGCGGCGCCAAGAGUCCAAGUUGGGCCAGCAUCACGUAUGGUGUGUUUUUGUGUAUUGACUGCUCUGGAGUGCAUCGCUCCCUGGGUGUCCAUCUUAGCUUUAUCAGGUCCACAGAGUUGGAUUCGAACUGGAGCUGGUUGCAGCUGAGGUGUAUGCAGGUCGGCGGGAAUGCCAAUGCGACUGCAUUUUUCCGCCAACACGGAUGUACGGCCAAUGAUGCUAACACCAAAUAUAAUAGCCGAGCUGCCCAGAUGUACCGAGAGAAGAUCCGGCAGUUAGGGAGUGCAGCUCUGGCCAGGCAUGGCACUGAUCUGUGGAUAGACAAUAUGAACAGUGUUCCUAGUCACUCUCCAGAGAAGAAAGACUCUGAUUUCUUCACAGAACAUACUCAGGUCCCUGCUUGGGAUUCACUAGCCACUGGGCCAUCAGGCACCCAGCAGCCAGCCCUACCUUCAGAGAGCAGUAGCCUGGCACAACCUGAGCAUGGCCCUAACACCGACCUGCUUGGAACCUCACCCCAAGCCUCUCUGGCUCAUGCCCACCCUCUUCUUCACACAGAACUGAAAAGCUCCAUUAUUGGCAAGAAGAAGUCAACAGCAGCUAAGAAAGGGCUGGGUGCCAAGAAAGGCCUGGGAGCUCAGAAGGUGAGCAACCAGAGCUUUACAGAGAUUGAGCGGCAGGCCCAGGUGGCAGAGAAGCUCCGAGAGCAGCAGGCAGCUGAUGCCAAGAAGCAGGCAGAGGAGUCCAUGGUUGCCUCCAUGCGUCUGGCCUACCAGGAGCUCCAGAUUGAUCGCAAGAAGGAGGAGAAAAAGCUCCAGAAUCUUGAAGGAAAAAAGCGAGAGCAGGCUGAGAGGCUGGGGAUGGGCUUGGUGUCCCGAAGGUGAGGCUGGGGCCCUGGUAUAUAAGAAUGCCAUUGUUUUUCUGGGAGCCAGAACAGGUCCUACCCAGUAAGUCAGGCUUCCUUGCUUGGUCUUCCUCUGAGGCUGAAGAGAGUGUUUGUUGUCUUACGGCACCUAGCACAGUGGUUGGCCCACAUGUGUUUUACUUGCUGACUGAGCAGGAUCAGCUUCUGCUUCACUCCAUGUUAGGAUGGCACUUAUUAAUAAGGCUGCCUGCGGCUGGACAGUUCUUUCCCCAAGACCUUCUGAGAACCUCAGGACUUCUGCUUCCUUAGUCCUGGCCCGCUAAAUGCCACAUGUCAAAUGCCUCUGGGUUGGGGAGCCUUUUUUUGGGGGUGGGGGUACCCACCACUGCCUGUGUGGAAGUCCUUUGUUCCAGGACUA